AUGCACCCACACCUCGACGCCGGAACGACUACGCCGAUCGCUGUAUACCGCCCACCGGAUCGUCGCGAAUACGCCACGCCCCCGCCUGAGUCUGACGACUUCGAACCUACUGCCGCGGAGCUGCGUGCGGCCUUUUCAGGUGCGAUUGCCGGGCGGCAUGGACCGCAUGCACCCCUGAUGACUAGUGCCAUGCGUGAAAAGUACGACAGGGAGCAUGGAAAGUCCAAAAAGCAGUAUGAUUUCAUUCGCAUUCGCGUACGAUUCUCCGAUCGGACGCAGAUUGAGCGAACAUUCCCUCACAAUGCUACGAUCCUCGAUGUAUACGAUGCCGUUGACCAUGUCUUAUGGGAGGAACACGAUCACGGCACGUAUGUGCUCUUCCAGUCCCCCCCACGUCGCAACUUUCCACGGACACAUACGACCGACACACUUCGCUCGCUCGGAUUUGCGCCGGCUGCCGUGCUUAGUAUUCAAUGGUCCAAUCCCUCCAAAAAUGCUGCUCACAUUCCGGCCCCCAUUAAGCCAGAGUAUGCGGCGCAGGCGCGCGAUAUGCCAGCGCCAUACCAGGCCAGCACCAACAUACCCUCUGUCCGCCCUUCGAGCUCGGAUGCCCCAUCGUCAGAUGCACAGGAGGCGCGCGCCAGGCGAAAGUUUCCCAAGUGGUUCAAGGGCACAGGCGGGGCCCUCUCGAGAUAG